GUAAUUUUAUAUUAACUGCUAAAUGUCUGAUACUGAAAGUGAAUUAUUGGAAUGUUGCAAAUGUGGAGCAUAGGUUGAUUAAAUUCUAUCACUUCAAUGUGAUCACAAUUUAUGUUUGAAUUGUGCAGCAAAAGCUGUUUAAAAAUGGGGUUAAUAUAGUAUGUACCCUCCAUUAAUUUGUUAAAUAUGUUCUUCAAAAACCUAGCUGGAUCCCUCUGCUGUGCAAGUAUUACUAGAAAUGAAUCCGUAAUCAUCUUGUUGUUCUGAUGAUUUUGACCAAAGAAGUGAAAUAUUAGAAACAAAAUAAUCUCAACAAAUAUAAUAAGUAGAAUAUCAUAAUUAAUCAUAAUAAUAACUUUGUAAUAUCACUUGUUAAUAACAUCUUACAGAAAGUUGUGUAUUGUAUUGUUUUACAUGUGAAGCAUAAUGUUUCUGUAUGGAAUGCUAUUUGUAAGGAUUACAUAAAAAUCAUGAAGUAAGAAAUAUUUAAAAAUCUUUUGAUUUAAUAAGAGAAAAUGGAAAUCAACUCUAAGUGUCUUUGUAAAGUUGUUGUGAAUAUUUAUUACAUGAAUAAUGUAAAAUAGUGAAUAAAAAAUAAGAUUUAGUAGACUUAGUAGGAUAAGCAAAAAUGUAGAUUACAUCAAAUUUUGAAGAUAUAUUUAAAACUUUAAAGUUAAAAGAAUAAGAGAUGUUAUAGGCUGCUGAUGAAUUAGUUGCUGAUAAGCUUAUAGAAAUUGAAGGUCUGAUGGCUAAAAUUAAAUUAUAAACAGAUAGAGUUAAUCAAUAUAAUGAUUAACUUGUUACAUUUUUUGGAACUAAUAGUCCUAAUGUUUCAUUAUGUGUUGAGGCCUGUAAUUUUGUUGUUAAAGAAAAAAAGAAGAUUUAAAAUUUAGUUGAACAAGUUAGAUAUGAAAAAAUCAGUCCUACUAUUUAAGGAAAAUUUUGUUUAGAUUCUGGUUCUAUACAAUAAAUGAUCAAUGAUAUGAGAGGACUUAAAUUAUAACUUGUUUCUUUAAGGGGAAUUGAAUCAAUCAAUCCUACUCAAAGAGAAUAAUAUAUCUAUCAAAAAGCGAUUGAAGAUAAAACUAGAGAUUCUAUUAUAGGAAAUAAUUAAGCUUUAAGAGAAGAAAAGGAGAACAACAAUUCAAUCAGUUUUAUUGAAAGAUCUAGUUAGAAAAAAUCUAUUAAAACAAAUGAUAAUCGAGACUUUUAUACUAAAUUUCAUGAAGCUAAGAGAUCUAUAAUGAACUAAAAGUCAUUUAUAUG